GAGGAGGAGGAGUUUUGAGCUGUUGUUUUGGUGAGCGGCUGACUCGCUGCUCUUCGCGGGGCUUGUGCCGGCGUUCGCCUGCGGAAAGUGAGGGGUCGUUUUGGACGCGCGAGCGGCUGGGUUCGUCGCUUUCUGAUGGAGGCUUUCCACCCCAGCAAGCUGGAGAAGCACCAUCAUCACCAUCAGCCGGUGGAGUUUUUGCAGGGCGCCAGUAGGUAUGCGAGUAUGAGCCACAGCGCCUACGGGAACGCGUUUAACUCGUGGAAUGAUUACCUGGGGCUGGCCACUCUGAUCACCAAGGCGGUGAGCCAGGAGAAGGGCUUUAGGACCGGGCCCUCCUCCGUGGUGGUGGCGGCGACCGUGCAGCAGGUCCCGGCGACCGAGGAAGGCGAAGAGGAAGAGGAGGACGAGGAGGAGGAAGACGACGACGACGUGGGAGCCCCUUAUUUCGAGAGCUCCCUGGAUUUGCACGAUUUUGACCUGUGCGGCCAUCACCACCUUAACCCUAGCGAAAGCCUGCUGGAGGAGCGGUUCGCCGAUUUUAGCCCUUUCUCUGGCAGAUCCAGCCCGGCCUCGGUGGUGUUCAAUUGCUCCCCUGACCAUCUGGAAAGAGAUCGCUCGCCUCACGCUUGGGGCGGCCGCCUGGUGGUGGAUGGCCGGCUUCAGGCUCCCCAGAAAAGCGCCUCCAGGCUGCUGAAGCCGGAAUUGCAAGUUUGUGUUUUCUGCCGGAAUAAUAAGGAAGCCGUGGCCCUCUACACCACACACAUCCUUAAGGGACCCGACGGCAGAGUCUUAUGCCCGGUGCUGAGGCGAUACACGUGUCCUCUCUGUGGAGCUAGUGGGGACAAUGCGCACACGAUCAAGUAUUGCCCCUUGUCCAAAAUGCACGGCAGCGCCCCAAAACAACCGCUCAAAAACGCCCGGCACAUCCUGGGCAAGAAGCUCCGCUAGGGGGCGCUCUCAAGCCUUGGGCGCGUCUGCGUUGGUCGAGACGGGACUGCGGAUCAAAAACAGUGAAUGGGGGGGAAAACCCGCUACGAUUCAUCCUCUUUCUGUUCUCUUGCGCGCGUGUGCCCUCUACAGGGAUAUAAAAAAGGCAUUUCCUUUGAUUUUUUUAAACAAUGAUUGUAAUCAAAUGAUGUUUCUUAAUAUAUUUAAAUAUGACGACGUAGAAUGUACAGAGAGAUGUUCUUGAUUUAUGUAUCAAAUAAUUGAGUAUAGUUUCUAGUUUGUAUAUGUAGUAGCCAGGGAGUCUGGCCUCUGAAUUAACUCUUAAGAAUUAUAACAUACCGUUUAGAGGUACUGUAUUUGUUUAUUGUGAAACUUACCUAAUUUUUAAAUGGGACUAAGGAUAUCUCUUAGGCAUAUGCUCUAUUUGCUGUAGCUUUGUUUAAUAAUCUUGGCUGGAAAGGAAGCACUCCUGAAUAAAGAAAAGACUGGCUUUGAACAUGUCUGAAAAAGGCAGCGUAACACAACUUGCAGCGAUAACAUGUAUGAUUCAAAUAAUUUUUAAGGAGCUGUUUGGCUGGUCCUACAAUGGUUAUAAGGCAAGGUUGGAAAGGUCACUUAUUAAAUGUAUUGAAUUAGCA